CCACAUUAAAAAGAUGGUAUUGUGUAGAUGCAUAAGAAAAUGUUUAUUUAUAUAAACGAUAUAAAUAUACUUCAUUUAGUAUUUUUUUGUCAAAUCAUUGUACAAUGUAAGGUUAGGCUGAUGUUUCAAACAUGUUUGCAUUGCUUCAGUAUUACAAAUUACUAAAUCAAUGCUUUUUAAUUAUUUUAUUUUAUUGUCAUUUCUUCAUAACGCGUUGUAGUCUAAUUUUGAAAUAUGUUUAUUUUGACCACAUUCUUGUGUUGAUUCAAAGCAGUUUUAUAUAGUCUUAGAAUAUUACACAUUUUUUCAGUAAUAUGCUCUUUCAUUUUCAUCUGUUUCUCCAUAUAAUGACACUCAUCUUAAGUAAGGAACAAUCGCAAGAUUAAAUUUUAUAUGGCAAAUGUACGAAGGAUCACAGUUAUGAAUAAGAAAACGUUAUAAUUAAAGCAACAACAGGGACAAUAAAUUAACAAUUCAAAAUCAAGAAAAGAAACAGAAUAAACAAUUUAAAAUGAACACAACAUUGACAUACUGUCCACCAAAUAUAACAUUUACUGAAAUUUGGGUAGAACAUGGAAUGUCAAAAUGUUUUAUGGACACUGUUAGUAUUAGUAUAAUUUCAUUGUAUCUGUUAAUUUUUGGUACCAUACAACUUUGGAUGUACCAGAAAUAUGGAACCGAAACUCCUGCAUCUUUGUUACCCAAAAACAAGCUGUACAUUUUACAAAAAGUUCUCUUGUAUUUUAUCCCAAUACUAAGUGUAGUAAGAAUACUUUUUCAAGGUACACUUUUAGAUGACAAAAGAGUUUAUGGUUAUAUGAUUCUCACAACAGCAUUAACUGUGAUUGUUUAUCCAUAUUCUGUGUAUAUAUUAAAGAUAGAGAGACACAAACUGUUACCUAGUGUACCACCGCAUGGUCAUGGACUUGUUUUAUUGGGCUUCUGGACUUUAGCGUUUGUUGCUGAAAAUCUUGUUUUUGUUAACAUUGAAAAACUUGAAUGGUGGUUCCAUUUAAAUACAUCGUCGGAUCAGAUUGAGAUGGCACUGUUCGUUUUACGUUACGUCAGCAACUUGAUCAUCUUUGCCUUAGGACUUAAAGCUCCAGGGUUAACUGGUAACUCAGAUCCCGAAUAUCGUACUUUACCAAAUGGUCCAACUACACGGCCGAGAUAUUAUCAAGGUAGACCAGAGGAGAAUGCUUCUGCUUGGAAAAAUGCCUGGCAUAAGAUAAAAACAUUGGCACCAUUUUUAUGGCCUAAACAGAGUAUUGGACUUCAGCUAAGGGUUCUUUUUUGUUUCGUGUUACUUAUAUCAGGACGUUUAAUAAAUUUAUAUGUUCCAAUUUAUAAUAGAAAGAUUGUGGACAGCGUUACCGAAAUUCCUAGGGUGUUCAGAUGGGAUCUCGUAUUAAUAUAUGUGGUAUUCAAAUUCUUGCAAGGAGGAGGUACAGGUAAUAUGGGAGCACUUAAUAAUAUGAGAUCAUUCUUAUGGAUUCGAAUACAACAGUACACUACUAGAGAAAUUGAGGUAGAAUUGUUCAGGCAUUUACAUAGUCUGAGUUUACGUUGGCAUCUUGGAAGGAAGACUGGCGAAGUAUUGAAAGCUAUGGAUCGCGGCACGGAUUCUAUAAACAAUCUCCUCAACUAUGUUCUCUUCACCAUCGUACCAACGAUCGUCGACAUCAUCAUAGCCGUUAUAUUUUUCAUAAGCGCGUUUAAUAAAUGGUUCGGUUUAAUCGUAUUCGCAACUAUGAGUCUUUACAUAGCUGCGACGAUUAUGGUUACCGAAUGGCGUACAAAGUUUCAAAGGCGUAUGAAUUUAGCAGACAAUGCUCAGAGAGCACAGAGCGUUGACAGUUUACUUAAUUUUGAGACGGUCAAGUAUUAUGGAGCAGAAUCGUACGAAGUGGAUAGCUUCAGAAAAGCAAUAUUACUGUUUCAAUCGGAAGAAUGGAAGUCGAUCGUUACGUUAAAUAUCUUAAAUCUAUUGCAAAAUAUAGUUGUUUGCAGUGGCCUGCUAGCCGGAUCUUUACUUUGUUUACAUAUGGUUGUAACCGAUCAAGGUUUAACGAUCGGUGAUUAUGUUUUGUUUGCAACUUACAUCAUUCAACUUUAUGUACCUUUAAAUUGGUUUGGAACGUAUUACCGUGCAAUACAAAAGAAUUUCGUUGACAUGGAGAAUAUGUUUGAUCUUCUCCGAGAAGAACAAGAAAUAAUUGACGCGCCAGGUGCAGGGCCGUUAAUAGUAAAGGGUGGCAAAGUAGAGUUUUCGAACGUGACAUUUGGUUACACUCCUGAAAAAGUUGUACUAAAAAAUGUUAGCUUUAUCGUUCCAGCAGGAAAAACUGUUGCUUUGGUUGGACCUUCUGGUGCUGGAAAGUCAACUGUAGUACGAUUGUUGUUUAGGUUCUAUGAUACAGAACAAGGUGCGAUUUUGGUCGAUGACCAGAACGUGAAGACAAUUAAACAGGACUCGUUACGAAGCGCGAUAGGUGUUGUACCUCAGGAUACAGUAUUAUUUAACAACACUAUAAAAUAUAAUAUCCAAUACGGUCGUAUCGAGGCUGGAGAUGCAGAUAUAAUUGCAGCAGCUCAAACCGCAGAGAUUCACGAACGGAUUCUCUCGUUUCCGGAAAGUUAUGAAACACAGGUUGGUGAAAGGGGUCUACGUUUAAGCGGCGGAGAAAAGCAACGCGUAGCCAUCGCACGAACAAUUUUGAAGGAACCAGUAAUUGUACUUCUAGACGAAGCAACGAGUGCGCUCGACACUCAAACGGAACGUAAUAUUCAAGCAGCGUUGAAUAGAGCGUGCGCUAAUCUGACAACCAUUAUCAUAGCGCAUAGGUUGUCCACGAUAAUACAUGCCGAUGAAAUCCUAGUUUUCAAAGAUGGAGAAAUCGUAGAAAGAGGCAAACACGAAGAGCUUAUUUCUUACAAUGGAAUUUACAACUCCAUGUGGCAUGCGCAGCUAGAAAACGAUCAAGAACCUACUAAACUUCCAAACGGCGCCGUUCAAUCAGAGAACGAGACAUCGAUCUCUUAAAUGCUUUAAAUAAUUCAAGAUAAAUUCUUCAUGAAAUCCUCCUUAAUAAAGAGAAGCUUACACGUAUUUUAUAAAAUA